AUGAAGGAAUCCACAGUUGUAAUUGUAGGUGGUGGUCCAUCUGGCCUAGCAAUUUCAGCUUGCUUAACAAAAAACUUAAUUUCUCAUAUCAUACUUGAAAAAGAAGAUUGCUAUGCUUCUCUUUGGAGAAAAAAUGCUUAUGAUCGUUUAAAUCUUCAUUUAGCUAGUGAGUUUUGCUCUUUGCCCCUCAUGCCACACCCCCCUUCAGGCCCAACAUACCUAUCCAAAGACCAAUUCCUUCAAUACAUAGAUAACUAUGUCCAACAUUUCAACAUAAACCCUCGUUAUUGUCGUGUAGUUAAGUCAGCUAUGUAUGAUAAAGUUAGAAGCAAAUGGAGUGUUGAAGCAAAUAACACCAAAGAAGGCAUAUUUGAAGUUUAUGAGGCUAAAUUUCUUGUAAUUGCCACGGGCGAAAAUAGUGAAGGGUAUAUUCCUAAUGUGCAUGGACUAGACACGUUUGAAGGAGAUAUUUUACACUCCAAAUACUACAAGUCCGGUUCAAAAUAUGAAUCAAAAGAGGUUUUGGUAGUUGGAUGUGGAAACUCGGGUAUGGAGAUUGCUUUUGACCUUCAUAAUUGGGGUGCUAAACCUUCUAUUGUUAUUCGUAGUCCGCUUCAUGUGUUUACAAAGGAAUUGAUUCGUCAAGGUAUGCAUAUGGUGAAGUAUUUGCCGGUUCAUACUGUAGAUACAAUCCUUAUUCUUUUGGCAAAACUAAAAUAUGGUGAUCUGUCCAAGCAUGGGAUUUAUCGUCCCAAAGUAGGUCCUUUACAUCUCAAGAACAUUACUGGAAAGUCCGCAGUUAUUGAUGUUGGAACCAUUCAAAAGAUUAAAGAAGGAGCUAUUAAGGUUGUUGCUUCGGGUAUAAAGAGAAUUGAGAAGAAGAAGGUUGUGUUUGCAGACAACACGGAAAAAGAGUUUGAUGCAAUUGUUUUUGCUACUGGCUACAAAAGUGUGGCUAAUGAAUGGCUUAAGGAUUACAAAUAUGCUCUUAACGAUAAAGGGAUGCCGAAAAAUGGGUACCCAAAUCACUGGAAGGGAGAGAAUGGAUUGUACUGUGCAGGACUAGCAAGGAGAGGGUUGUGGGGAGUGAAAGUGGAUGCUGAGGCAAUUGCAGAGGACAUCACCCAAACUCUUAUGUGACAUAAUUAAUUAAUUAAUAUGAUUCGUCCACGAAGCUUCCGUCUUUCAGUUUACAUAUAAGCUAUUCAAACUUUGGUUUAUGGGUAGCUCGUAUUCAUAUUUUUUAUGUUGUCCUACUUUUAGUUAAAAUAUGUAUUUUGUUAUUAUCCUUCUAUCUAAAUCUAGAUGUAUAUGCAAUAAAUCUCUCCACUAGAUUGUCAUGUAUUGCUUUUUGAAACACA